AUGCAGGAGAAAUGUGCAGCAGAUGAUCGUAGUGUCUCUCCCAUAUAUGAAGUUGAUGACGAUUUUACGGAUGGUGAAACUACUAGUUCUCGGGUUGCUGUUGGAAUGCCACGUAUGUCGCAAGACGAGAGAAGGCAGCACAACUGGACUUCUGCUCCGAAAAGGAUUUACAAGAGUAUUGUAUUAAAAGGUCAUCGACUAACGAAUGAUGCAGCAGGUUUUCUGUCAACUACUCGUCCACUGCUCAGGCGUCGUCAUUCCACUGGACCAUUCCAUUUUGCUUCAGCCGCUAAGGAUUUGAUUGUCAAUACUCGUAGAACCUUUCGCCGACAAGCAUCAGAUUUUGGAAGAAGUGUUUUGCCUCGGCCUCCAGCUGAAUUCUUUGAGCCUUCUGAUCUACCAGAAGUUCCAUCCGGCUUGAAACCAGAAGUCUUCUAUAUUUCACAUCAUUUGAAAACACUUGAGUUACCAUCGAGUUGGGUUUUGAAUGUUAAUGACAUAAAUGUUGAAAAUCAUGCUUCGGGCGAUUUUAUUAUUAGAAAUGGAGAUCCUGAUCAGGGAAUGAUCGUGGUUCUUGAAGGAACUAUUGCGGUUUACAUACAUUAUGGAGAAAGCAAAGAAUAUAUGGUGCGCCGUAUAAACACUGGCGACAGCUUUUUUAGUCCACUUUCAAUUUUGGAAAUAUUAAUGGGAUUAGAAUGUAAAUUUAAGAGCAUAUCUGUACGGGCUUUACGGGAUUGUCGAAUAGCAAGGUACUCUAUGCUGUCGUUUCGAUCACUCUACCUAAAAAACCCUCGCGGUUGGAUUCGACCUAUUCAAAUUGCCAUUACUAGGUUAUUGCAUGUGACUAUGACGACACUUCACCAAUACCUUGGUCUUCGAAGUGAACUGUUAAGAAGGAGGGAAGAGAAGAAAAUCCUAGAGGAGAGAACAGACUACUCAAGGGCGGGACGGCAGUGCCCGCCAGCAAAAUCUUUUUCACUAGGAAAUGAAGAGGCUUGCGAUGAUCUAGGAUUAGCUUGUCGUUAUUUUGCGGAAGCCUUAAAUUUAAGCAGACAUUCAGAGGCAACUAAAUUUUUGAAUGGGCGGGUACAUGUGAUUACUGUUCCAUCAGAUGGCAUUUUAACUGAACAAAAUAGUGAAGAAGAUAGACUGUUCGUAGUUCUUUAUGGGACUCUCAAACUUUACCAGCAUCCAGUUUUCGAUGAUGAGGAUGAUAGUGCAGAUGGGACCACAAUCUCAGUUUAUCCGAAAGAACUGGUUGGAGGACUUUGGCUGCUAACUAGUGAGCCAUCUUUCUAUACAGUUCGCGCAUGCGGAGAAGCAAAAGUUGCGUAUAUUCAUAAAGCUGAUUAUGCUAGUUUGUUGGAGAUUCGUCCUGAAGCACUCCUGUUUACCGCUUGUUCUGUUUUGCGUCGCCUUAGCUUAUUCGUACGUAGUGUAGAUUUCGCUAUUGAUUGGGUGGUAUUGGAUUCUGGACAAGCUAUUUACAGGAGUGGAGACGCCGCCGAUUCUUUCUUUGUUGUUUUAAGUGGACGUCUACGUUCUGUAGAGAAAAAAACUCUUGUUGAAGAGUUUGGGAGAGGUGACAUGGUUGGGAUGAUUGAGGUGUUGCAACGGGUACCUCGGUCAACCACAGUGUUAGCUGUGCGUCUCUCUCAACUAGCUUGUGUACCAGAAGGACUCCUCAAUUACGUUAAAAUGAAAUUCCCUCAAGUUGGAUUUCGACUAGUUCAUCUUCUUGGUCACUAUUAUGGUUCUAAUAGUAGAAGGACUGUUGCAGUGAACAAAGUUUUUUCUGACAAUCUUUCUGGCUCACUUGGGGAUCCGAGAAGUCACAUAAAGAACUUACAUACGAUUGCAGUAAUGGCUGCAUCAAACGAUGUUCCAUUAGUAUCUUUUGUUUGCGAGCUUUACCACGCACUUAGUGCUAAUUUACGAGUUUUGCGUUUGAGUAGCCAUAAAGUUGCUGAACGCCUCGGUCCUGAAGUGCUUGAAAAACAAGUUGACUUUCGCCUAAUGCAUUGGUUGAACCUGCAGGAAGAUAUUUUUCCUCUGGUGAUUUAUGAGUGCGAUUAUACCGCUACAAAUUGGACAGGACGCUGCUUAAGACAGGCUGACGCUAUCCUUCUUGUGGCAGAUGGUUUACAGAAACCACCGAAACAUUCUUUUGUAUGUCAUCAUCAUAUUCGUUGCCCGAAGCGUAUGAAGCAGUGCUUUAAUAAUGACAAGGUCUCUGAAGAAGAAGUGGUGGAGUAUUAUCAGAUGAAUGUUUUUGGAAAUGAAGUUGACAGACAUUCAGAUUUCUCUCGAUUAGCAAGGAUAUUAACCGGUAAUGCAGUUGGGUUGGUUCUUGGUGGCGGAGGAGCCAGGGGCGCUGCACAUAUAGGAGUAAUUAAAGCAAUGCAAGAAUACGGCAUUCCUGUUGAUAUGGUUGCUGGUGUUUCUAUCGGUUCUCUUAUUGGUGGUUUGUAUGCGGAAUCCCCGAAAGAAUUGGAAUUUAAAGCGAAAAUGUGGUUUCAGAUGAUGUGUUCGUUCUGGCGCCAAAUCUGGGAUUUAACGUAUGCCCAUUCAGCCAUGUUUACAGGAGCUGGUUUCAACAAAACCUUGUCAACGGUGUUUGGAAAUAGACAAAUUGAGGAUUUAUGGAUUUCUUACUUUUGUAUUUCUACAGAUAUCAGCGAGUCGGUGAUGCGUGUUCAUCGCCGUGGUCCUCUUUGGGCGUACAGUCGGUCCUCUAUGUCGCUAGCUGGGUACCUUCCUCCUUUGUGUGAUCCCAUCGAUGGACAUCUACUUCUCGACGGUGGCUAUGUGAAUAACUUACCUGCGGAUGUCAUGAAGACUAUGGGGGCGAAAAUAGUCAUUGCUAUCGACGUUGGCUCUCCUGCUGAAACUGAUCUUUAUAAUUAUGGAGAUUCUCUAAGCGGUUUUUGGGUGUUGUUCAGAAGGUUUAACCCUUUUAGCGAAAGUGUCAAAGUUUUGAACAUGGAAGAAAUACAGAGUCGUCUUGCAUAUGUGUCAUGCGUCCAACAUUUGGAACAAGUUAAAAAGGCGUCGUAUUGUCAGUAUAUCAGACCACCAAUCGACCCCUUUAAAACACUAGAUUUUGCCAAAUUUGACCAGAUAUACGACAUUGGAUAUCAGCAUGGGAAAGAAGUCUUUCGCAACUUAGUUGAGGGAAAUGAGGCUAUUAUGGAUAUAAUCGGCACUAAAAAACGACAGUCACUAAGGUUACGAAAAGCAGAAAUGUUGAAGCUGGGAACUUACAGUCGUUCUCGUGCAUCCUCAUUUGCAAAUCUUGCUGCACAAGUUUCAUGGAUUCCAAAAAAUCAAAGUCAUGGAAGUUCGUUGGAAGAAGAAGAGGAGCUUGACGAAGACAUCUUAGGGAAAAUUCAUGAAGAUGAAAUUCAUACUGAAAUUCUAGACGAUAAUGCAUCACUGAGUAGUGAAUUAGGCUACUCUAGUGAACCUUGUACGAUAAGAAAGGACUUCUUCUUUUCUGAUGGGAGUGCAGAUGAAGAAGUAUACUACAGAAUUGAAGAAGUAAAUGGUGCACCGGAUCGUCAGGGUCACUUACAAAAUUCUUCCACAAUCAAUGCUAAAGUAACAGGGAAGUUACUAGGAGCAGAAGCACAAGUUCAGAAGGAAUAA